CUUCAUCAGGAUAUUAAUAUGAAAGCAUGGUAGUCUAAAAUGUACAGGACAUUAGUACACAACAUAUUUGAACAAUGAGAGGAUCAUGGAGGGAAGAUAGAAUUGAUGGAAGAAUCGCCUUUGUUAGGUCCUUAUCUUCGUGGAUUUGCUGGCAUUCUGCAAAUGCGUUGUAUAGUCGCCUGUGCACCCGUGUUGUUGUAUUCUUGCAUUAAUUGUUUGGCUUCAUCCAGUAGUUUCAAUGCUUCCGUGGGUUUUCCAUUCUUUGUCAGUGUUGCAGCAGAAAUACACGACUUCAUGGGAUGACGGAAUAUGAAUCGGUGAAAAGUUUCUUUCAUCACUUGUUUAAUGACAUUAGAUUCUGUACCAGAUGGUUCGAGCUGUGGGAAGAUGAAACUGGCUUGAGCAUGACAUGACCCACAUAACGUGACAAACUCAAGCCCGGAUGGAAAAUUUCCCAGCAGUUAUAAUAAACAUGGCCUUUUACCCCAGCAACUCCAAAAUUUGGACAAAAUGGAAUAUUUAGUACUAGUUGACUUAAAAUCAUUUCAUUAAAUAUACAAAGAAAUAAUGUUUAUUGUAAAUUCAUUCCUCCAUCUCAUUUUUAAGUUUAUUUUUCAAGUAUUUUUGCAGCUAUUUUCAUAUUUAUUUGCACUGUGUUUUUAUUUUUGCCAAAUUAGUUCAAAUUUGCCAGCAUGGUGCUUUUAUAUCAUCUUACUUCAUAAUAUUGUUGUAUUGUAAUUCGGAAAUACAAGUUAUAUGAAAUGUUGGAUUGGGAUCUCCCAAAAAUGAAUAUUUUGAGGGAUUCUUAGUAAUUCGUUGUUUUCAAAAUGGCGGCGAAAGUUGAACCGAAAACUCUCGAAGAAGCGAUUGAAGAAAUUAACUUAGAUGAGGUGCCGAGCACUUCCAGCCAUCCCCCCCAUACCUCCUCAUGUACCGUCAUACCAACAGUUAGUCUGGUAACGCUACCAAAGUUUUCAUGUCAGGAGCGUUACGAUAUCUACUGUAAAGAAGUGAAAAUAGCUGCGUGUCGUCCUUCACAGGUGUUACAUCGCGUUCAUUUAUAUUUGGAAGAAAACUUGGCCAAUAAACACUGGAUGGCGAUGUGGAGGGGUCCUUAUGGAGGGGAUUUCCCACGGACUGUCGAUAUUCUCGUCAAGGUUGAAGAUGUGUGCGGGGACCAAGCGCAAGUGAGCCUCGUUGACCCCCUCGUGUGUAACGAAGCUACAGUUCCGAGGGAAGUAGUGGACGCCCAGUUGAGGGAGCUAGAGUACACGCUGGAUAUUACCGAGUUGUUCCCCGUUGAUAUCGACCAUGAUGAUGAUGAUAGUAGUGAGGAGGAGGGAGGAGAAGGAGUGGGAGGAGUGGGGAGCAAUGAGAGGGUAAAGGAGCAAGAGAGGAUAGCACAGAUUGUUCAUCAUGCAAGAUUUUAUUUUGAGAAUUUGCGACGCGAUUGGGACGAUGAGGACGAAGGGGAACAUUCGUUCGAUGCUUAUCUACGAGCCAGGUUGCAACUGUAUUAUGAUGUCAUAACAGGGCUUGUACCGGCUCCGCUUGUUCAAAGGUACGAUCGAACAAUGGCAAAAUAUCUCGUUCGUCGACGUGAAUUGCUUGAUUAUCAGGCACGUAUACAGAGCGAGGGGGAACCAACAAACAGCGAGGCCGUAGAAUGUUGGAGGAAAUAUUAUGAGGUUUUGAUGCUGAGUGGGUUGCUACAGAUAUGGGAGACUCUACAACUGAGAACUGAAGGUCCAUGCUUCCCCCGUGUGCUCCGUCGAACGAAGGGACCACGUGCAGAUGGUUACACAGUAACGCACAUAGUGGUUGAUAAGCUUACACCAGCCAUGUUGCGUUCGUUUCAUGAUGAUGCUGUUAUGCAACAACACAAGACACCCCAGUCAGCCCUCCAACAAUGCUAUGAAGGAGAUAUUAUCCUCAUAUUCCCCGGUACUUAUAGCGGCGAGGGCUUCCAUGAGUUGACUGAAUCUAUCACUAUAAAAGGGGAGGGCGAACGUGAUGACAUCAUAAUUGAAGCAAUACCGUACGACGAUUUGUUCGUUAACGUUUCAUCUGCUGAUGUCACAAUUGAGAAUAUUACCUUCAAUCAGGCGGACAAUACAGAGGGAAUCCUCCGUGUUGAAAGCGGUCAUGCUCGGUUGGUUAAUUGUUUACUGAGGUGUGACGGGACGGGGGUCACUGUGCGAGAGGGUGCGAGUAUUACCAUGAGGGGGUGUACCAUUACUGGGGCUAAGGUGGGUAUUUAUGGGUGUACCAUUACUGUGGCUAAGGUGGGUAUUUAUGGGUGUACCAUUACUGGGGCUAAGGUGGGUGGGUGGUUAUAUAUAUAAAGGGCUUUGAGUGAU